CGUACAAUAUUCGUUCCUUGUGAGGUGGUUGCAAAUGGCUUGAAAUUAGAGAGCGAUACACCUACUCCAUGCGUUUAUAAGGAAGCAUUACUUGUCCGUUUAUUUCAUCAAAUACAACAACAUUCUCUAUCACAAACCCCCUUCAUUAUUCUUAACUUCCUUUUUCUCUGUUUUUGAACUAAAAAAUAAAAUGAGCAAAUCAGCCUUAGCCAUAUCUACUGUUUUUCUAGUAUUGUGUAUCCUAAAUAUUAAUGUAGAUGCUUUUGUGGCUUCUGGGUGGCAAAAGGCUCAUGCCACUUUCUAUGGCGGUAGUGAUGCUUCUGGAACUAUGGGAGGAGCAUGUGGGUAUGGCAACUUGUACUCUACUGGGUAUGGGACUAGCACCGCGGCUCUAAGUACUGCAUUGUUCAACAAUGGUGCGGCAUGUGGGCAAUGCUACAGGAUCAUGUGUGACUAUAACACGGAUCCAACAUGGUGUAGGAAGGGAGCUUCGGUAACUAUUACUGCAACUAACUUCUGCCCUCCAAACUAUGCAUUGCCUAACAAUGCUGGAGGAUGGUGUAAUCCUCCUCGCCAACACUUUGACAUGGCACAACCCAUCUGGGAGAAGAUUGGCAUUUACAGAGGUGGAAUCAUUCCUGUCAUCUUCCAAAGGGUUCCUUGUAUAAAGCAAGGAGGCUUGAGAUUUACUGUCAAUGGAAGGGACUACUUUGAGCUUGUAUUGAUCAGCAAUGUAGGUGGAGCAGGAUCAAUCCAAUCUGUUUCGAUCAAGGGAUCAAAAACCAACUGGAUGGCGAUGUCUAGAAAUUGGGGGGCUAACUGGCAGUCUUUAGCUUACCUUAAUGGACAAUCUCUGUCCUUUAGAGUCACUACUACUGGUGGCCAAACUCAAACAUUUAACAACGUUAUUCCUGCUAAUUGGAGAUUUGGACAGACAUUUUCGAGUAGUAUACAGUUCAAGUAACAAUAUGGAGCGCGUUUGCAUUAUAGUGUAUCGUUUGGGUUUAAGCCAGGACUAAGGUUGGCAGAGGUGUGCUCAAUGCUUGUUUUUUCCCAUUGUAGCAACCCGCCAACUCUUAUCAUUUGGCUAAAUCAAGAGAGCAACUAGGAAUUAUUUAGUUGCUUUCACAUAUACAUAUGUUUUACAGUAUAGUUUGGUUUUGUUUUGUGUAAUAAUUGUUUGGCAAUGAAUUCAUUUGUUUUAGAAUUCAAGAUCUUGUCUACAGUACCUUACAAUAUUGAAUGAAAUAUACAACUAUAC